AUCUCCACUGGUGACGCCCUUAAUAUGUCAAAAAAACAGCAACUAACCUCUGGAAAUGACACUCUGACGUUUUUUCUGAAUAAAAAUAAACAGUUAUGAUCGAGGAAAUUAAUUUAUUUUCGUGAACAAAUGGGGGAUUCAGGGUUGGAGUGAUAUUGUUGACAAUACAGCCCUUCGAGAUGAUGCAACAGUAUAUGAAGGAGCUCGAACAGGAGCCCUUCGACCCUGAGGAGUUCGUGGAGCGUCUGGCCUGGAGAACAGUGAAUGAUUCAGUGGUGGACGGGCUGAAAGGCUCGUUCGACCCUGUUCUGGUGCACGAGACCUUCGUCCACGCCAUCAAGGACCUCCAGGUCCUCGAGGAGCGCCAGCAGAAGAAGUGCGAGAAGCUGGAGCUCGCCCUCAAGGAGGAGGACACCAGGCACGCUCUGGAGAUCAUUGAGCUGCAGGACAAGAACAAGAGGGCGAUGGAGCUGUUCCAUCAGCUGGAUGAAAGGAUCAACUUCGUUGCGACGAAGGUCCUCCACCUGGGGGACCAGCUGGAGAGCGUCAACACCCCCAGGGCCAGGGCUGUGGAGGCCCAGAAGUUGAUGAGACACUUCUCCGAGUUUUUGAGCCCUGGACCACUGACUGAUCCCAUCUUCACGGAUAAAUCAACGUUGGACGUGGCAGCAGAUGUCAUCCAAAAACUCCACCUGAUAUCCCAAGAGCUCCCCUCCGACAAGUUCAACGAGGCGAAGGAGAAAAUAGCCUCGAAGUACGACGAAAUCGAGAGGAGUCUGAUCGAGGAAUUCGUCAGGGCCCACAACAGCGACGACGCGGAGCGAAUGAAGGAAUUGGCGAGUGUCUUGUCGCACUUCAAGGGAUACUCCCAGUGCAUAAACGCGUUCAUAGAGCAGAGCCAGAUGGGCUCGUUCGGCUCCAAGGACGUUUUCCUGAACGUCAUCCCCAUGUGCCAGAAGAAUUACAAACUCAUGCAGCAGGUCUUCUCGAACCCCGAGCAGGUCAUGGCGAAAUUUGUCCUCAAUAUUUAUCACCUGAGGCUGCAGAAGUAUGCAGUUGCCAAGCUGAGUGACCAAACAGACUCCGAUAAGUACUUGAGCAAUUUGUACGAUCUCUACUCGAAGACAACGAAGUUGUCGAUGGACUUGAGGCAGUUUGACAUGGGAACUGAUGAGGCCUACUUGACUAAAUUGACGAGAAAUAUUUUUCAGAAGCAUCUGGAUACUUAUCCGAGCAUCGAGUUGAAGGCGCUGCGUGAGAAAUCAUCCGCCCUUCUGAUCGAAUACUACGAGUCGAAGAAUCACCAGAAGAAGCAGCUGCAGACGGGUGGCUUCCAGGAGCUCCGACGUGACCUGCAGGCAGUGCUGGGCACCAGAGCCAACAUAAACAUCGCCCAGAUCGAGGACUACGGUGGGGAGACCUUCCUCUCGGAGGAGCUGGCCAUAGCCCUCCUCCAGCGUUCGAAGCUGGCGUGCCAGAGGUGCCAGGCGCUCUCCCAGCCAGGGGACCUGCCCCUCAACGCCCUGAUGAUCCUGGAGAUCCUCCUCCAGCACCUGAUGAACGAGCACGUCGACUACGCCCUCGAGCUGGGCCUCCAGAGUGUCCCCAUCCCAGAGAGCAGAACUCCCCCUGACAUUCACUUCUUCAGAAUAGCGAGGCAGUGCAACGCGAUCGUUAAACUUCUCGAGGAGCAGUUCAACGACAGCCUCGUGCCCCUGGUGAUCUCCACGCCGAAGCAUGGGGACUGUUCGUCGAGGCAGAAGUCCGUUCUGCUGCAGAUCGAGAUGAAGCUGGACACUGGACUGGACAGGAGCAUCAACGCCAUCGUGGGCUGGGUCAGGAUGUACCUGCAGAGUGAGCAGAAGAAGACUGACUUCAAGCCUGAGGGGGAUGUCGACACCCUGAGUACUCCAGCCUGUCUCGCUGUGGUGCAGUACGUCACCAGCAUGAUCAGGCACAUCAGGGACAGCCUCGAUGGGAAGAACUGCGAGAAUGUCAUGAUGGAGCUGGGGAUCAGGUUCCACAGGGUCAUUUACGAACAUCUCCAGGGGUUCCAGUUCAACUCGGCUGGGGCCAUGUGCGCUAUCUGCGAUAUGAAUGAGUAUAGGAAGUGCGUGAAGGAGCUGGGGGUGGGGAUCGUUAGCUCGCUGUUCGAUACUCUUCAUGCUUUGUGUAAUUUACUGCUGGUGAAACCGGCGAAUCUUAUGCAAGUGUGCACUGGGGAUCAACUGGCAAUGCUGGAUCGAGCCACUCUGGUCAGUUUCAUCCAACUGAGGACUGAUUACAAGACCCAGAAGCUAGCAAACUUCCUCAAGGGUCUCGCAACGACGUAAUGAACAUCACAAGAGAAUUAUUCGACUCAAAAAAAAUUUCUCGAGGGAGAAUUUUCGUAAUUAUGCAUUCACUUCUCUAGAAGAAGUGUCUGUUGACGUUUUCCUCCCAAGAAAAUGCCGCAAUUACGUCGCAAAGGGGGAAAUAACGAGUGAAGAAGGGAUGGGGUUUUGGAAAUAAUAAACGACUUGUUACCGUAUUAAACGUAUCAACCUUCUUA